GUUUCUUUAGUGCAAGCGUGUGGAGAUCCAGCCCCAGACGACAGAAUUGAUCACGAUCUCUCCAUCGACUGCUGCACCCAGAAUUGCUCAUCGGAGUUUGUGAAAAAGAUAAUGUGCCCCAGCAAGCUAUAGUU